ACUAACGCGGCUGUCCUGUCUCCCGUAUGUUGACGCAGCCAUGGCUGUCGGGGGGCCGGUGAGCGAUCUCUGUUUGGAAGCGACUUGCUCCAUCUGCUUGGAGUAUUUCAAGGAUCCACUCAUGAUUGCAGAGUGCGGCCACAACUUCUGCCGAGCCUGCCUGCCCCAGAGCUGGGGGGAAUCGGGGGCAGAGGCUUCCUGCCCCCUAUGCAGGGGACCAGCUCAGCCGAGGAACCUCAGGCCGAACUUGCAGCUGGCAAACUUUGUCGAAAUAGCCAAGAAAUUCGCUGUUCAGGAGGAAAAAGAAGCAGACGUGGAGGGAGCGGAAGGAAAGGAGGGCGUCUGCGAGAAGCACCAGGAGCCGCUGGAACUCUUUUGCAAGGAUGACGACGCCUCUAUCUGCGUGGUCUGCUGCAGAACCAAGGAGCACAAAGAUCACCAGGUGAUUCCUCUGGAGGAGGCUUCAGGAAAAGAGAAGACAAUUAUAGCAGCUGGAAAGGUGUGCGAGAAACACCAGAAGCCCCUAAAGCUCUUCUGUAAAGAUGAUGAUGCCCUCAUCUGUGUGUCCUGUGACAGAUCUAAGGAGCACAAAUAUCACGAGGUGGUUCCUCUGGAGGAGGCUGCCCAGGAGUAUAAGAAUGACAUCUGUAGUUUUCUGGAGGUUUUGAAGAAGGAGAGAACAAAAUUUCUGGAGUUUAAAUCGGAUGUUAUAAAGGAAAGCCAGGUCCUGCUGAAACAAACAAAAGCUGCCAAGCAAAAAACAAUAGCUGAGUUCAGACAACUCCACCAGUUUUUGGAAGUACAAGAGAAACAUCUGCUUGCUCAGAUGGGGGAAAUGGAGAAAGAGAUUACAGGAGAAAGAGACAAGCACAUGGCCAGAGUCUGCAAGGAACUUUCCUCUCUUGAAAGUCUCAUCCAGGAGGCGGAGGAGAAGAUUCAGCAGCCAGCCAAUGAACUCCUGCAAGAUGUCAGAAGCACUUUGCAGAGGUUUGAGGGGAAAGAGAAGUUUGAGACUCCAGUGGCUUUUCCUCCGAUUCAGAAGUGGAAGAUCUGGGAUUUAUGGGACAUCAGUUCCUUUCUGGAAGGUGUCAUGAAGCAGUUCAGAGUCACUCUGGUGUCCGGACUUCAGCUUCAGAAAGCAAAUGUGACUCUCAAUCCGAAAACAGCCCAUCCACGACUUUUCCUGUCUGAGGAUCAGAAAAGUGUGAGACAAGGAGAAAAGCCUCAAGCUCUGCCUAGCAAUCCUGAGAGAUUUGAAUACUGGGAUAUUGUCUUGGGAUGUGAGGGAUUCACGACAGGCAGAUAUUUCUGGGAAAUCAUUGUGGGACAUGAAAAAGUAUGGUUUGUGGGGGUUACCAAAAAAUCUGUGAAGAGGAAGAGCUGGAUGAACGUGGGUCCUGUGGAAGGGAUCUGGGCUUUGGGGAAGAACAGUGAUAAUUCUUACACAGCUCUCAGUCAUCCUCAUUUUACUGUAAAUGAGGAGCUCAAAAAGAUCCGAGUGGUUCUGAACUGUGAGGGGAGGCAAGUGGCCUUUUUUGAUGCGAACACCGCAGCCCUCCUCCACACGUACUCAGGAGCCUCCUUCUCUGGAGAGAGGCUUCAUCCUUUCUUUUGGGUGUGUGAGAAAGGCCACCUCAGACUCCCCCCUUAAGGAAGUCCCUUAUACCAGAAAAAACAACUGCCCAGGAUCUCCUUUUACAGCUCUGCUAAGCCCUGUCCAGGUUCUCGGUCACAGAAAACGAUAUAACUGUAAUAGAUUGUUUUUUUUCCCUUCAUCUCCUGAAGUUUUCUCUAUUUCUUAAACACAUCCAUAAAUGACAGAACUAUCCAGAUAAAAAGUUAAUGUUCUCACUAGACCACCGGCCCAAGAUGGUUUAAAUAGUUUUAAAAUGCCAUUUUAUUAUAUAUGUUUUAAUUAGGAACAAAGGCCGUUGUGGGGAAACAAUACAGCGGGCUCUGGAAAAGGCAGAGUAGAGCCAGACGUUGCCCCCUCUGCCCUGAUCUGGUGAGGAGGGCAGGGCAGCUAGGCGGUCAUUACCCCCCCUCCCCAGCGCCCCAAUAGGGGGGAGGGCAGGGUGGCUGGAAAUGGCACUGCUGCCUCCCCAGCACUACGAUGGCAGAUGGGCUGGAAGAGUGGGAAGGGGGGGAGGGAAGGAGACAGCUGGGUGUUACUGCACCUCUCAGCCACCCAGUGUGCCCCGAUCUGAGUUGGACUGGGCAGGUGGGCUGGAGGUGCAGGGAGGGGAUGGAGGGAAAGAGGCAGCUGGGCUGCUGUGCCUCCCAGCCAUGCAGUGUGCCCUGAUUGCGGUCAAACUGGGUGGGUAGGCUGGAGGCACAGGGAAGGGGGAGAGAAGUUGGCAGUCGGGCACUGCUCUGUCUCCCAGCCACCUGGUGCGCUCCGAUCGGGGUUGGACUGGGCAGGCAGGCUUGAAGCACAGGGAGGGGAGGGAGGGCAAGAAGCAGCCGGGCUGCUGCACCUUCCAGCUACCCGGUGAACCCUGAUCUGGGUUGGACUGGGUGGGCUGGCUGGAGGUGCAGGGAGUGGGGAGAGGAGGAGGCAGCCAGGCACUGAUGAACCUCCCAGCUACCCAAUGUGCCUUAUCCAGAUCAGACUGGGAGGGUGGGCUGGAGGCAUAGGGACUGCAGCGGGGGUGGGGGGGAAACGGAGCUGGCUGGAUUCAGCCCCUACAGGCCAAACCACAUGGCUGGAGAGGGGGGAGGGGAGUAAGAAGCGUGCUGCUGCCCCACUGGCCUCCUGGGCAAGCUGGUUCUGAGGACUCGCCUCUCAUCCCCACUAGGGGCGCAAGAGUGCACCUGCGCUGUGGGAUCCAGAGUGAGUCGCUGGAAAGCCACUUACUGAAUUGUGUUAUAGGAUUUGUUAGCUGCCUUGGUGGCUCUUUGUUAAAUGAAUUUUUAAAAAAUCCGUUCCAGGAUGUUCUUUUUCUGAUCUUAGUCACAGACGCACUCCCAUUGCUGUUUGUCCCAGGGGAGGGGACAUUUCAACAGCAUGUGGGGGUAUUUUAAUGUGCUAAGGCUGUACUUUUAUUUCAGAUUAUUGGUUGCGUAAGGAUGGUUGCUUAAGCUGGUUGCUUAACAAUGUUUUUAACCUUUUCAGAGAAAGCUGCUUGUAUCAUGUUUGUGAUGCAGGGUUGAGCCAUUUUUAAAGCUUUUAUUCCUUUCUCAACCUGAUAAAUAAGUCAGGAACCAACAAGGUUGAGUGGCUAACAAAAUAUAAAAGAAAUAUAAUUAUUUAGUGCCCACUCCAAAAAUGAUUAAAAACCAUGGAACAAAGUUAAAAACCUAGAGACCUAGUAACAUCAGUGAGACAGAGUCACAAAAUUUUUGGCACAUAUACAGAGGCCAAACACGUUUCGGCCCUCUGGGUCUUCCUCAGUGAUCUAAUUUGUUAUUACACACACACAAAUAUUAUGUCUCAUAAAUAUAAAAUGUUGCUAGUAAAGGCCUGGUAGUUUAACUAUGGAACCUAAAAUUAAAAUAGAAAUAAACAUACUGUGUAAGUCAAUUUCAGAAUGCUGUCGAAAAUAUUACUAUAUAUAGUUAACAUAAAAGAUAGUGGCACGUACAUUAAUAUCCCCCAAUAUAAGUCACUUGUUGUUAAUAUCUGUUUGGGUGGCCUCACGCCACAAAAGUGGUGCUCAACUAGCAUUCUGUAAAAACAUAUACUAAGAGCAUAUAAUCGUAUAGUUUUCUUGGCGGCUGAACCUUGUUGGUUCCUGAUUAUUUAGCUGCAGCAAUUCACAUAUGGCUCAUAAAUAGAUAUAAAUGCUAUUUGAAACCACCAUCCCUAUGUCACUUUACGCAAAGUCAGGACAUCCACAGAUGAUAACCUGGUUAAACAGAAAUGGGAAAGGGGUUUUAUACUGAAGAGUCCUAGUCUGAGGUGGUUUGCCCUCCCUGUAGAGCACCAGUGUGGCACUCAACCCCAUAAAUCUAAACAAAUGGAAAGAUGGCAAACAGCAGCUUUUAAUUGUUUAGAUGCUUCUACACUACUUUUUUCGAUUGUGUGGAUUCAAAGCAGUUUACAAUAUAAAAACGCAACAGACCAUAAAUACGGCAUAUCUCUAAGGCAACAACAAAUUAAUCCAUAGGGGGAAACGGAGCAGACGAUAAAAGCUCUGCCCCUAAUUGCAAUGGUUUCUUUCCAGGCACUUCUUUCCAGGAGGUGGCUCCCUUUAAGCUUCUGGGGCUGGAGGGGAGGAGCAGAGCAGGUGGCAAAAGUUCUGCUCUCCAGGCACCACAUAAAGCUAUCCAUCAGAUCAAGGCUGCAGUUGUAAGGUACACUUACCUUGCAGUAAGCCCCAUUGAACAGAAAGGGACAUUGAGCAACAGGAUGUUGAGUUCAGCCUUGAAGGGCUUGACUACAGAUGGCACUGUCCUUGGUACGGCUGCUGCUGAAUCUCAAUCUCGGACCACUUUAUGUCAGUGUUGGUUGCUCGCUCCCCAUAAAACUAUGCCAGAAUCCCACCUCCCCACAUCUGAACCCCACUGUUAGCUGGAGAACACCUUCCUUUUCUAAUUCCAGAGUUCCAAGUAAUUUAAAAAUAUGCUACAUGCUAGCAUAUUGGUGGUGGUUAUAAUUAUUUCUCCCUUCUCAUUCCAAAAUCUCUUCCCCCUCCUCUUUAUUAUCCCCUUCCCUAUUUCCUUUUCUCAUGCUAUCUAACCUUACUGGGCAGGAAAGAUCUUGCCACUGUAGUGCAUGCCCUGGUUACAUCUAGACUGGAUUACUGCAAUACGCUCUACGUGGAGCUGCCCCUGAAGCCUGUGCAGAAGCAGCAAUUGAUACAGAAUGCUGCAGUCAGAGUGUCAAUUGGAGUAGAUCAUAAGAACCAUAUCACUCCAGUCUUGUUUCAUCUACACUGGCUCCCAGUUGGCUUUUGGGCCCAAUUCAAGCCCUAAUAUGGCUUGGGGCCAGCAUACUUUAAGGACUGCCUUCUCCUAUAUGAACCUACCUGUCUACUCUACUCCAGUCAUCUUUGGAGGCCUUGCUUUAGGUGCCCCUACCAUUGGAAAUGAGAUGGAUGGCAACUCAGAAAACGGCCUUCCAGGUUGGCCAUAGAUUGCAAGCCAAGUGUCAUAGAUGCCCCCUGAAUAUCUGCCAUGAAUGUAUAUGGGCUCUGCCUCUGGUCUCUGUGAGUAUGGGAAGUUCUUUAUUGCUGUGAUGCCAGUAGGUUUGCAAAUGUUUACUUUCUGUUUCUCGCUCUGCUGAGUCUGUGUCCUUGACUGCCAGCUGAAACUGGCUCAAAAUGUAUCCUUGAGAACCAAAGAUAAGUUCAUCUUCCUCACUGUCUACUCUAAAACAAUGUCUCACUCCAACCCCCCAACCCCCAUAUUAACAGUCCUCUUUCCCAAGGUGGGAAUAUUCCCUAUAACUAACAACACUAGCCCCACAUUCGACACUUAUGCCAAUUUCACUGUCUAAGCACCUUGUAUUGAAUGGAUCUCUAAUAAAGUUCA